AUGCUUCCCCCAAUACCUCACGGAGUUAACCCCAACUUUAAAAUAAGUGCGACAGAAGCCAAGCAUCUCAAGCUAUACAAAGCAAUUGUUGGUAUAACUGUAUCAAAAUGGACCUCAGCUUCGGAUCUAGUUAAAAGUGCCCUAGACUCUAACUGCAACGAUAAAACUUAUGAUAAAUUUAAAGCUACGUUCAGCACUAUCAGUGAUCGCUUUGUCCAACAGCCUGAUUUGAUCCGCUUUUCUAAACGUCUUGUGAAGUACAUGGACUUGAAAACCACCAGAGAUAACUAUAACGAUACCUUUGCAGAACUUGCAUUAGAAAAGAAGUUAGAAAAGGAAGAAGAAAGGCUUAGAAAAAGAAUCAAAAUCAAACAAACGCAAAGCCUCUGCAAAGAGCUCGAUGCCGAAAUUGAUCAUUCUUCAACGGCAGCUGAAGAAGAUACAAGUGAUAUAGACAGCGGAUCUAGUAGCAUUUCUCCAAAGACGAAAGAUAAAGCGACUUUCAUACAGAAAACUAUUUAUGAAGAUGCUGAGGAGCUCCAUAAUAGAUACAAACAAAAUGAUGAUUUGAGUCCUUGUGAAAGGAAACGCAUGUGUGCUGGUCUCUCUGGAAUUUUGGAUACUGCGGAUGACUCAUACCAUGGCCAGAAAGAACUAUUUAAUACUGAUAAAUGGGACUUUAUAACGAAGCAUUACAGUCAAUUCACCAAGAUGUUUUUAGACGUAAAACCUCAUUCCAAUCUGGAUGUAUUAUAUAAAACGUGGGAUUCCGUUUAUGGAACGCUUUCAAAGAAUCACUCGUAUUUCAAAGCUCGUCAAGCCUUUAAUUAUAUAUCAAUCCAAUCAGAUAUCGAUGAGCAUACCUUUAAACAGCUGCAAAUAAUCGACUUUUUUCUGGACACGUUGGACAGCAAGCAGUUUAUUAUAAAUCCAAAAGACGCGACUAAAGUAACUGAAAAGGAUUAUGAAUCACAAAUUUGGAUCCCUCUCUUUACAAGACUUUUUAAUAUCAAAAACAAUAAUAUAAGAAUAAAAUCGGGAGAGUCAGUACCACCAGAAUCGACAAAAAAGAAAGCCGAGCAAUAUGGAACUGACAAGAACAUAAUUGGAUUUAAAAUUGACUUCAGACUGGUAUUCGACUAUAAAGAAUUAGAAAUUGAUUUAGCAAGUGCUGAAGUGUCAGUGUCAUCUGCCAAUGAAGCCAAAGAACGACAUGACGAAUCGAAGCUGGUGCGAGAAGCCAUGAUAAGCACAGAAGCUAUACACCACAUCUUGAAGAGCCAAGGAUAUGUGUACACUUGGGCAAUUAAGAUAUGUGGAUUGACUGCCACCUUCUCAUCACUUAUGUAUGAUGAUGAACGCAUGAUUUAUGUAAAUGUUCAUCAGUUCAUUCUCUACUUUCCUACCUGUAUCAGCGAGCUUGAAGAUCUAAAAGACGAUCUUGAAAUGAUGUUCAAGUUUAAAGAAGAUGUUGAGAGAAUCGGAUACAAGAUAGAAAAAUCAUUGAAGCGCAGUGAACGUAAAGGCCGUAAUGUUUGCCCCUCACCGGAAAGAAAGCCUGCUCCUUGCUUAUUCACAUAUUUUACCCCACCUAGGAAUGAAGCACAUCGUUCAAUAAUACCCAUCAACAAUAACACCCUAAUUGUUCAAUUGGAUCUAAUUCUGGAGAAUACAGAGAAAGAUAAACGUAUCGAUAUCCUCUCUUUCUCAGACUUCUUUAGUUGUAGCCUAAACCAACAAAGCUACUUACGAUCGAACACACCGUUAGCCAAGACAUUGUAUCACCAAAACACGAUUAUCUAUCGAGUUAUCCGAGGCGUCAAAGGAGAAAUUCACUCUAUCUUUAUUUAUUUACCGGCACAUUUUCAGGUGCUUCUUUCUGUAGUUGCUAUUAGGGAAAGUGUAUUUUCCAUACUGUUUGACCACUUGCGAUCUAUUAUAUAA